AUGAAGUCUGGACGGCAUCGUGAUGAAAUUGCCAGGAAAGAGAAGGUGAUUGGUUUUGAGAUGGAGGGAGCAGGGGUAUUGGAAAAAUAUUCCAUGUAUCAUUAUCAAGGGUGUGUGUGUGACUAUGCCGACAGUCACAAGAGCAAAUACUGGCAAGCAUAUGCUGCUGCUGCCGGAGUCUCGGCGGCAAAGUCCUUCUUGGAGUACUGGAUGCCUGCCAAUCGGGAACGUGGGAGCAGAGAUCGUCACUUCGUGGUCCCCUUUGCAAGGAAUCCGCAAUCUGUUGGCCGCCAGGAAGAAAUUCAGAAGAUAGAGAAUUUAAUCUCUAUGACCAACGGACCAAGAAAAGUUGCCAUAACCGGACUGUGA